AUGUGGGAAUUCAGAGGAGGAAAUGAAAGAGGAAAUAUAAAGCAUCUUGACUUGGUUUUUAUUGACCUGAAGGGUGAUGUAAUCUAUGCUGAAAUACCACCAGAUGUAAUACCAAUUUUAAAGCGUCAACUGAGCGAAAAACUAAUCAUUUUCAUUGGCAAGUUUGUAGUUGAAAAAGUUAAACCUGGAUAUAAGGUGGUGCAUAACCCAUAUAUGCUAAGGCUCAACAGAAGGACUAUCAUUGUCAAAUCAAAUGCUAAUGAUCUGGAAUUUCCAAAGUACACAUUCUCAUUGACUCCAAUCGAAAUAUUGCCACAGUUUGUCAAAAAUAAAGAACGUUUCCUAGAUGUACUUGAAAAAAUCACUGCUGUCUCAAAUCCUGCAGUAGUGUGUAACACUGCAGGAGACCUCAUGAUGAGAAGAAUAAUAAAACUGCAGGACCUAAGCUUACCAGUGGACGCAACAGCUGUUGAAAAAAUUGAUUUACCAAAUGAGGAUCAGACUCAUGUAGCUUUUGAAGAAAAGAAUCUGUUACAGCUGAACGACAUAGAUCAUUUUACUCAAAAGGGUGAACGAUAUCAGUGCACUGUAACGAUCAUAGGAAUACCGGAUAAACAACAUUGGUGCUAUCGUGCUUGUCGUGUAUGCUCAUCAAAAAUGAUAUCAACACCUGAUAGGUUCCUGUGUACAAAGGAUGGAGGCUGCCCUUCAAAACAGUUUGAAUGGAAGUACAAUCCAUUUAUAGUUGUAGACGACACAUAUAGUCUUGAGUUCAUGAUGUUCGAAAGAAGAGCUGCUAAACUUAUUGGUAAGAGUGCUGAAACAUUAAGGAAAUACAAUGAUCCAGAUAUAAUUCCAAGCGACAUUUCACAAUGGAUUGGCCACAAGUUCACAUUUGUCGAACUUGCAAUGCUAACUCAAUCCAUAGGAGAAUUUGAUGACAUGGACAUUGAUAAGUCACCAGGGUAA